CAUUCACUAUUUUUUAAACUUUUUGAGAAGUUUGAUAUUAUUUAGAGCACACAAAGUGCGUGGAAUAACCUGAGGAGUAAGAUUGUUCAGUAGCAUGGACUUGUUAAUCUCAGCCUGAUCUUGUCAGUAACAGCAGAGCAGAGGGAGAGGAACUCCGGCUGGGGCAGCGCUCCAAAGAUUCAGCAAGAACUGAGCCUCCAUGACUCUUUGAGGUCAAAGAGCAGCUUUGAGAUCGCUCAUGGUCACUUCUACAAAAGGAGUCCAGCAUUUUAUUUUAAUCCCUGAUAACAGCAUUCUUGAUCUGCUUCAUACAAACCACCUAAAAUUACCACACAACUAUUCUCUCAAAAUCACCCCUUUCGUCCUUGGGGUGCUUUUUUGGCCUUUGGCGAUCAGACAUUUUGAAAAACAUACAGCAAUAAUUGUAUUUGUGGCUGAUUCUUGAAGAGUUUGGCAGCAAACUGCGUGGUAACAUUCUCUGAACUUCAACUCUCAUGUCUCUUAUGGACAAACACAAAGUGAAGCGGCAACGCCUAGAUCGUAUAUUUGAAGAAAAAAGAGAAUUGAAGCAUUUGUUUUGAAAAAAGAAAAACACAUUUAAAGAAUUACAUGGACUUUGCAAACAGAUAUAAGAAAAUGAAAGGCAUUCGACCUCCGAUCAUGAAUGGGCCCAUGCACCCACGCCCUUUGGUAGCUUUGCUGGAUGGCAGGGAUUGUACAGUAGAAAUGCCUAUUCUGAAGGAUGUAGCCACAGUGGCAUUUUGUGAUGCUCAGUCCACACAAGAAAUUCAUGAAAAGGUACUAAAUGAAGCAGUGGGUGCACUGAUGUAUCACACUAUCACUUUAACACGAGAAGACCUGGAGAAAUUCAAAGCACUUCGAAUAAUUGUCCGAAUUGGCAGUGGUUUUGAUAACAUUGACAUCAAAUCUGCUGGGGAUUUAGGAAUUGCAGUAUGUAAUGUGCCAGCUGCAUCAGUAGAAGAGACAGCAGAUUCUACAAUGUGCCACAUCCUGAACCUUUACAGGCGAACCACCUGGCUUCACCAGGCCUUGCGAGAAGGCACAAGAGUACAGAGUGUUGAGCAGAUUCGGGAAGUUGCUUCUGGAGCUGCCAGGAUUAGAGGGGAAACCUUGGGCAUUAUUGGAUUAGGACGUGUUGGGCAAGCAGUAGCACUACGUGCAAAGGCCUUUGGCUUUAGUGUUCUUUUUUAUGACCCAUACCUCUCAGAUGGCAUUGAACGUGCUCUUGGACUGCAGCGGGUGAGCACUUUACAGGACCUGCUAUUUCACAGUGACUGUGUAACCCUGCACUGCAACUUGAAUGAACACAAUCAUCAUCUUAUUAAUGACUUCACCAUUAAACAGAUGAGACAAGGGGCUUUCCUGGUCAACACAGCUCGAGGUGGGUUAGUAGACGAAAAAGCACUUGCACAGGCCCUGAAGGAAGGAAGGAUACGAGGGGCAGCCUUAGAUGUACAUGAGUCAGAACCAUUCAGCUUUAGUCAGGGUCCAUUGAAGGAUGCACCAAACCUGAUCUGUACCCCACAUGCAGCCUGGUACAGUGAACAAGCUUCAAUUGAGAUGCGGGAGGAAGCAGCACGAGAGAUCCGUAGGGCUAUCACAGGUCGUAUUCCAGACAGCCUGAAAAACUGUGUUAACAAAGAUCAUUUGACUGCAGCUACACCCUGGGCCAGCAUGGAUCCAGGAGUUGUUCAUCCAGAGCUUAAUGGUGCUGCAUACAGCAGGUAUCCCCCAGGUGUUGUAAGCGUGGCUCCAGCUGGCAUACCUACGGCAGUAGAAGGAAUAGUUCCCAACCCCAUGUCUUUAUCACACGGCCUUCCUGCUGUGGCCCAUCCACCACAUGCUCCUUCCCCCGGCCAAACAGUCAAACCAGAAGCUGAUAGAGACCACCCAAGUGACCAAUUGUAGCCUAAGAAAACAGCAUUCCCAACAUUGGAGAUUUCAACUUCAAAGAGUGUAUGGAAAAAAUCUGGAUUUUGAAUAAAGGCAAAACCAUGAACUUACAGGAGGAGACAAUAAUUGUUUUAGAAACUGGUCCAAUAUACAGUAUACAAGGAAAAGGUGGGAGACAAAAAGAAGAUUCGGAAACGUUUUUUCCUCCGUAUAAAUUGUAGUUUGUCCCUGUCCAGUGGACUGAUUCACUGUUUCUGUGUCCUAUGGGUUCUUUGUUAAGCAAGAGAAGUUAGUAGUUAAUUAUAUCAUGAAUGUACUUGUCUGUGUACAGUUUUUAGAACAUUAAAAAGGGUUUGUUUUGCUUAGCUGUCAACAAGGAAAAAACACAUAAGGGAGGCAUUCAACAAACCAAUUUUGAGAUUAAAAUCCUUUCUUUUAUAUGUUAAAACAUGCCCAAAAAUGAGGCAGUUGGCAAACUUCUCAGGACAAUGAAUUUUUCCCAUUUUUCUUUCUACGCCACACAGUGCAUUGUUUUUUCUACCUGCUUGUCUUAUUUUUUAGAAUGAUUUAGUAAACAAAAGAAAAAACAGUUUCUCCUUAUUUUGGCAUGAAUUCCCUUAUUUCAAAAUGAAGACAACAUUGCAAAGAGAUUUUGAGGAAAAAAAAGGUUUUGUAUAAACAAGCAUUGUGCUUUUUGUCACCAGUUAAAGUAUAUAUUAUUGGUGGUUUGCGAAAAAGGCACUAGACUACUGAAAAGUAGCAGCAUUUCAUUGCCUACAUUGAUUCCUUCCUGGUAAUGUGGUAGGCUAGCAAUAUUUUUGGUUAAAAUCAUGUUUGUGACUGUAACCAUUUGUAUGAAUUAUUUUAAAGAAAUAAAAAUCCCAGACAAAUA